AUGUCCUCUCAGAAUCUCCCGACAUAUGCGAGCCGACAUGUUCCCUCCUACUAUGGAACGGCGGAAGAUGGUAGUAGUAUGGUCUCGCCACGAUAUGCGCCGCAUGUGCAGCAGCCCUGGAGGAGGCAACAGGCUCUCAGUUCUCUGUCGUUCAUUCCAUCCACAUCUCCGCGCUCGGAGCAUUCCGAAUACACCACAUCACAACAACACCCGCACCCCCAGCAACCGCAACCCCCUCAAAUACUUCCCCGACGCCCUGUGGCAGAUCGCAGCAGUGCCUGCGUCUCACCAUUCCGUUCAGUGCGCAAGAUGAAGCAGCCGUUCCAACUGCGUCUUCCGUCUUCUCCAUCAUACGAUACCAACCCUUCCCCUGUUUCUUCUCGAGAUUCGAGGACGCCAUCUGCAAAUCACUCUCUCCGGACAUGGCGUUCGGAUGGUAACCUCAUGACCACCAGUCUCGAGACGUUCGGCCUCCUCCCUAGCCCGCCUCUGUCGGAUUACAGAACCUCCCAGCAUUCCCCAUCAUCGACAUAUUUCUCUCCCAAGAUCGAUUCCGACACCGACACUGAGCAGGGCACACCGAAAAGUAACACCGGCAUACCGGACGUGAAACAUUAUAAUAUGCAUCGGACCUCCACACCCGAGACACUGACUGAAUAUCCAAAUAAGACACCGGGAGCCACCAAUGUUCACAUGGCGCAUUCUCAUAUGAUCAGACAGUGCGAGCCGUCCGAGGACGGAAAAUACACGCCCAUGUCCAUGGCUUCAGAACGCAUGUCAUCGCCUCCAGUGACGUCCGACAUCGCAGCCUUUGGUAAAAGAGACUUCUCUGGGUCCUCUAUGGGCACCCAGCGGAGUCGGUCUGGCACCGUCUCCAGCGAGGCCAGCUGGGCUGCCAGCAACCUGUCCUACUGCGAGAGAUGGCUCCAAGGGGCCCCAAUCGAGCCGAUCGAUGAGAAUAGAGAGAACGCGCGGGAACUCAGUCGAAGGAAAUACCAAAUCGUCCAGAACAGCCCGCCUCCUCGAGACCGGAAGCGUGACAUGAAGUCUACGCCGGAUGAGCCAUUGAUGUUUGCUUCGGUCGCCAGUAAAUCCAAACCUAAACUGGUCGACAUCUCGCGACAGUCAUCCCCUGCCACCAGCUACUCCAUACCCACGCCUCCCCAACAACCUCUUCCUUGCACGCCCGAUCAACGCCUGCAGGAAAUCUCCGCCUUCAGCCCUGAGACCCCGUUGGCCAUGUCAGACAGCGGGUAUGGGACGCACCGUUCCUGCUACUCUCCAGAGGACUUCCCUGGUGACAAGGAGGACGACUCGGUCGAGGCGAGUUCCAUCGGCUCUGGAAGUGCUAGCGAGACGGUCGUCUGUCACAGCGAUAAGCCCGCUGCAGAUGACCAGUUUCGCCCAAAGUCCAUGCCUAAACCGACUCUCCGGGCCAAUGCUCGACCUACCACCAAUCCUUCCCAGCGUCACUCGUCCAAUCCCUCCCCACAGGAGGAAUUAGAGAAAUGGUGGGAUCACGAGUGGACCAUCGAUCAGUUAGAGCAGUCGGCGAGGGACUUUCCGCGCAAUAUGCUCAAACUGACCUCGCCGGCCAUUAUGUUCCUCCGUCACAACAAUGAAAAAGCUCUUAUCCGACCCUUCCGCAAGAUUUUUCCUGAAUCUGCGGAGAAUCUGCUCGACAGCCUCUGUGCAGCGUUGAUCGCCCAAAAUUAUGUGGUGUCCUUGUCCGCCAUGUCCUUCCCUAAUCGACGAACCAGUAACUUCUCUCAAAAGCCCAGCUUGUCGCGUCUCGACACCGUUCCAGAAAGGGUUCCUGAAAAAGCAUGUUCCACCUUGGGGAUCCACUAUCCCCAGACGUCGCCCACGCGGAUCAAAGACCGGGUCUUGGGCUCGCGCAGUAUGGAGCUGCGCAGGGAACUGGAUCGGAUCGUCGAUAACUUGCUGCUUGCCAUUGCCGGCAAGCAAGACGAGACGCUGAAAGCGGCAGUGCUUGUUUUAGCCCAGGUCCUGGAGACCAAUUCCUAG